GAGCAUGAUGAGGUUAAAGCGAGUUGUUAUUUGUUUUUUACUGUUGGGUUUAUCUUGUCCUCUUCUUUCUUCAACACAUGAUGGAAAGAAGGAUCACGAAAAUGACAACGCGAGUAGUAACAAAACGACUAAGAASGAUGUGUUUGCCCAUCCAGAACGGGUAGUCUUCGAGAACGCCCUAGCAACAUGCUUUGCGGUCACUGCCAUGGUGUCGCUGAUUGGAAAUGGGCUGGUCAUACACGUGGUCAGGACCACGCCCUCCAUGCACACAUCCGUUAAUGUUUACAUCGCCAAUAUGGCGGUCUCUGACAUUAUAUCAACAAUGGUAUGCACCCCCCUGAUGAUGAAGCGUUUGUUCAAGAGUUACGAGUGGCUUGAAGGGACUCGAGGACUUUGGCUUUGUAAACUCGCUUUCUUUUUCUUUUACUCGUCGUUUGCUUGUUCUACGUUYAACCAUGUUGUUAUAGCGAUUGAUCGUUACUUUGCGGUGAGUAAACCUCUGUUUCGUUAUUCCAAACGAAUGGUUAAAGCAAUCGUAGUURCGAUCUGGUUKGUCAGYUCAGUCUUGUCUGUACCRAUAGCCAAUGGCUACGAACUCAAGUCGUACAGAUCAGAUGUCGAUGCACUUUGCUACGACUCUGAUCGCGAUGAUGCAUAUAGCCUSGGCGUUACCAUGAUGACCGUCAUGUGCUAUGUACUACCGCUGGUCAUAGCUACCUUUCUGUAUACCUUGACGGGGUACAGACUGCGCAUGCGCUCGAAGGAAAGUAUUGGUAACAACAGCGAAAACCGCAAGCGUCAAGCUACUAAAAUCGCGUAUAAAGCUAUAAAGUUGAUGGUCAUAAUUGUCACAGUWUUUAGUCUGUGUUGGGCUCCCUUUUUCAUCUAUCAUUUGACAAAAGCCUGGUWCAAAGGGAAGCUUUAUGAAGCGUUUGAAUGGUAUUACAGACCRCUGAGCUUCUUGCUUGCUUCGACCAACGCCUCCAUAAACCCCUGCUUGUAUUUCAUCUUCAAUGACAAUUUCAGAAGCAGGUUGACAAASAUGUCGUGCCGGUUUCAAAAGGUUAGAAGCCAAAGUUUGACACUGGAACUUCAAUCAAGUAAAAUAAGAUCGCGGUCUCGUACGUCCUAA